UUAUUUGUUUCAAAAUAUGUAAUAAAUAUUGGAUUUUUUCCAUUUAAUUACAAAAGAAACACAUAAAUAUGGAUCUCAAUCACAUGGUAAGCCUGGUUCUGAAUGAACAAGCAAGAGAAAUCAAGGAGAUUUUGGCAAAACACUCAAUGCGAGAGAAAUACGAUUUACUUAACGAAGCAGUUGAAAAAGCUAUACCAAACUUUGCACAAAUUCUAGAGGCUGUACUCGAAAAUACUUCCCGUUGCAUGCGAUAUCAAGUCAUAAUUCACUCGCUCAAAAUCAUCGAUUCGGAUAAAAUUGAAGAAACUCACUUACUGUCCAUCUUACCAGUUUUAUAUUUAAGUUUGAAUUACGUAGAGCUUUCCACUUUAACCUUUCUGGCAGACUUUCUUCUAUCUCAAAUUUGUGAUGGAUGUUGCAAUAAAAUGUGGACGGAAAUGUUGCCAAGAACCAUUCAGAUUAUCGUUUCUAAUGGGUAUCGUCCAUUCGCCACACCUGGAGACUUGACGAUUACAGGAUACAAUUUUCGGAGCAAAAUUGUAGAUAAAUUGAUUCGGAGUAGUAAUAAAUGGAAAAAAUGUGUGAUUCCAGAUAUUGCGUCUAUGUUAAAACAAGGCAUUCCCCUGACUGAAAAAGAGAGAUAUUUACUUUUUGAUAAGCUGUGCAAUUCAAUGAUCAAACUGGAUCCGAGUGAUUUGUCUACAUUUUCUUACCACUUAUUUCAAGCGUCAUUAUUUCCCAAACUAUUUGUUGGCACUUUAUUAUCCUUGGACAAAUAUUUUCGUCACUAUAAUUGGAGCAGAACAAAGGUCCGAGAUUCAAUGGAGCCAUCGCAGCCCUGCGUAAUAAAUGUUCCCGAAUCACGUUUUCGCAGAGAAGAGGAUGUCAUUAUAUCACAAAUUUUCUUUCAAAUGGAAUACAACUUUCCCGAAGAAAGUCUCACAAAUGCAUUGAAGGAAAUUACGAUGAGCCCAGAACUUCUUUUAACACCAUUCAUAUUUGAGGCAUUAAUCGCUUUGACCAGAAUCAAUCAAACUUCCGAUGCUGAAAAAGUGGCCAUGUCAACAUUAUUGACAAAAACUAUGCAUGGUGCAAUUAAAAACAACUUUGCUGAAAUGGACAUAAAGAAAAAUUCGUUUUUUGUGAACUGUUUGCUAGAAGAUUUUCCCAAAUGUAUCAGCAUAGAAGAAAUCAGUAGAUUGAUUAUUUAUGAUAGUAAAAGUGGAUUAGAAGUUAUAACACCUGGGCUCUUUGGUUUAGCAUAUUCUUUUUUAAGAAUCAAGAAUGGCAAUCCAAAGCUUUAUCACUUGUCUGUUACAUUUUUAGUAAACUUCUUGAAAAACAAGCCUUUGUACACUCGAGGUGUUUUUGAGAGAUUAAUUCGAAUGAUGAUCCGAAAUCCAAAAGCUUUACAGUACAGGGAUGCUCUUGAAUCAUUCAUAUUUUCACCGGACAUUGUAUUACAACCAAUCGAUUAUCAUGAUGUUUUGAAAGCGAUUUUCGAUGAUAUCGUUUACAUUUCUGGAGAUUCUGCAGCAAAUCUAUUGACGAUUGUUUUGCCACUGAUGAAAAAAUCUUCAGGAUCAACUGUCCGCACUUUACUUAUUGGUAUGUUGAGACAAACAUUGUCUAGUUGUUGCAUAAAAACGCAACAAAUGACCGUUUAUGGAUGCGGAUUGGUCUUGAAGCAAAUAAAGUACGAUGAAGUAAUAACUGAUUUGAAACCAGAAGACUUGACAAUCGCUUACACCAUGGGUUAUACUCUAUGUACUCAAAUGACGCAAAUGGAUGUAGACAAUUUGAGUCCUCAUGAUAUGAUGACUUUGGAAAUUAUGGGCAUUUUGAGCAGAGCGUUCUGUCUAAACUAUGAAGUAAAGGCUUUUAUGUACAAGGGAUUAAAAAAAGCAGCAUUGGAAAAUCACAAAGUUCUUCCUCACGUUAUCGAUUUUCUGAAUGAACACCUUAAGAACUUUGUUGAGACUGAUCCUGACAUAAUCUUGAAGUUGGACAAAUUAGUGGAGGAUAAUGUGGAAGUUGUUAUAGUGAAAGAUCAAAUUGGUGUUUUGACUUCGAUAUUGGUUAGCUGCAUCGUAGAAGCUGAUUCAAAGAAAAUCAAAAUCGAAAAUGUUUUUCUACGAAACUUUCUUACAAGAUCCCUGGACAAAGUCCUAUCCAUGACAUUGAAUCAAUUCGAAAUUGACACUCCCUUCACUCAAAGUAAAUACGUUCUAGCCUCUCAAUUAUUGAAUUUCAUGGAAGCCAUAAUGGCUUUCGCCCUUUGGAAAGCGACAGAAAGUAACGGUUAUAUUUCAAAAUUACUCAGAAUUUAUGGCCAUUAUUAUCACUGUAUGGAUGAACUGAAGAAACUUGCAUACCCAAAGACUGGAAAUAAGCGUAAAAAAGAAUCUUGGUUAAAGUCUGUACAAAAUAUAGAGUCUGUGUGGGACUUUGAUACUCUUCUGCGUUUUCUAUCAAUUUAUUACAAUGUUGAUAACAAAGGACUAAAUGAGGAUGAAAUUAAAAGUUUGCGGACGAGAGAAGAUCUUAAAAUCAAAGUUUUAAAAUCAACAGCAGAAUAUAUCCGCAAAACUAGGGCAGAACCAACAUACUUACAGAUAAAGAAUUCCAGAAGUUAUUUUAACACAUUGUCCGACAUAACUAAAAUAGCAUUUGACCGUCUUUUCCAAUCGAAUGAGGAACUAUGCUGUGAAGAAACAUUGAUGGUUUUUGCUAUAUUCAAGGAAGGUGUGCAAUCAUCAUCCAGUAUGUUCAGUAGAAAACACGAAUCGCUCAUCGCUAGAUUGCCGAAUGAUGGCGAUAAAGAUUUUUCAAAGAAUGUUUGUCGCAUCAUAACGAGAUUGACUGCUAUGAUAAUAAAACUCUGCGAAAGUACGGAUAACAAACAGUUCAACGAAAAAUCCUACGAAACGAGAUUGUUGGUUGCGGCCAUUUCGGUUAUUGAAAUAUUUCUUCCUUACUUGGAUGCAGGAACUCCUUUUUGCUUACAAACUUACGAGUUUUUCUUUGAGCUCAAUACGGAGUACACAAUGAACUCAAAGUCCCUUGCUAUAGCUCUGAAAAUCCUUUUUGUUUUGCGACAAAAAUCUAAACCAUUGGGUGACUUUUUUACAACUGUAGCAUCGUUGAUAACAACUGAAUAUGGAAUAAUCUCUACGAAGACUUAUACAGUUACUCCCGAAAGAUUUGCACUUAAAUCAUUGACCAAACACACGUUAGAAGGAGCAGCAGGUCACUUUUUGGUAUCAUUAAAGAAAUAUCUGGAACACAAUACAUUCCUGCUGAAAAAGGCGAAUUCUUUGAUUUUUCGUCUCACAAAGAUACCAGGGCAACGGAUCCUCUCCGAUCAAAUGUUAUCCCAAAUCAGAGAAAUUGAAAAAAUGACAAUUACUCUGCUUACUUCAUUUUGUAAAACAAUGCGAAUUUUGUCACACGCCAAAAUUCCACUUGGAAAAGUAGCUGACGAUUAUUUUAGAGUGUUGAUUUUGCUUUAUUCGAAUGGAGAGAAACUAGCGAGAAUUUUUAUGAAUCAUAACUUGCUUAUCCCAGAAGAAAUGGAAUUCUUUGAACUGAGGGACUUGUGCUUAGCUACUCGAAAUCUGACUCGUCCUGUUGCAACAUUUAUUCUUUAUAUUGAACAUCUUUCAACAGAAGCAAUUAUUAACGAUGAAAAGUUAUCGGGUCCUCAAGCAAGGAAAAAAGUCUUAAAAGAUUCUCGUUAUAUUCCUAAGUAUGUAUACUGGUUUGAAAAAUUCAGCAUUGAAAUUAUACGUCUUAGCAUGAAAACAAAACAAUCAUUUAAUAAACUCCUUCACUUGGGAAUUUACCGUGACUUCCGAUUGAAGACCGACGAGUUACGUGAUGCAAUACAGAAAAGGCGCGAACCAUUAGUGGCAGCAAGUCAAAGUACUUCAGAUGAUUUUGAAUCGAUUUCAGAUAAUGAAGAUGAACAAGACACAGACAACGAUGAUAAAGAAAGCGUGAAUACUUUUGAAACAAGUGAUUCAGAGAUUGAAGAGAAGCCAAAAAAAACUCGUUUUGCAUUCUAAAGUGAUUGAAUUUGUAAUGACAUACAAAUACCAAAAAUAAAUGUUCAUAACAAAAAAUAAUUAAU